GCAUGGUUUGGUGGAUCUCCCUAAUGGCGCUUAAGGAGCUCCUGCUAGGAUAUACUAGGGCUCCGUGCCCCGGUCCCCGCCGCUCCUCCGCUGGUAUAGACUGCUGGUAAAAGCAUUUUUGUCGCCAUGGGCGGGAAGUAAGAUUCCUUGCUCCCAACACUGUGCAACCACCGCAGCUCACGGCACACGAUGCUUUCUGGAAGAGCAUGGCAUCUUCGUCCGCUAGUAUCACUACCAGUGGCUUCUCGUUUGCACCUGAGGAGCAACAUCACCUUCAUUGGGAUAAAGAAAGAGAUUUUCUGGGCCAGUGCAUCCUCAGGUAAUCGCUUUAGAUUUUACGACUCUCGUUGCUGCCAAUGUAGAACUUGCACAGCUGAUGAUAGCCCAAGCGAGCAAGCCCCGUCCCUUGCAGAUCUGCAAACAUUUGCCUCCACCACAAUUUCUGAGCUCAUGAAAGACGAAAAGAAACUCGAUGGAGCUUUGCUGAGACAUGAUAGUGACACGGUGUUACCUUUCACAACAUUGCAAACUCUCAUUUCGGAAUAUAUGGUGGAGAGCCUCAGUGUGCCCACUUUUAGAGUUGGAUAUACGAUCACAACGACCGCACUUGACAUUCUCUACCAACAAAUCAAAUGCCAAGGUGUCACCAUGACUGCUUUGUUGGCCAAAGCCACUGCGUUAGCGCUUGCUCAACACCCAGUUGUGAACGCAAGAUGCAAGGAUGGGAAAAGCAUCUCUUACAACUCCAGCAUAAAUCUUGCGGUUGUCGUUGCCAUCGAUGGUGGUCUCAUCACACCCGUGCUCCAAAAUGCUGACAAAAUUGACAUUUAUUCCUUAUCACGGGAGUGGAAGAAACUUGUAAAAAAGGCCAGGGCCAAGCAGCUCCAGAUAUCCGAGUGCAUGGGUGAAACUUUCACCAUUUCGAACAUGGGAAUGUUUGGAGUGGAUCGCUUUGACGGGGGCCAAAGUGCGACUCUGGCAGUAAGUUCAUCUAGACCCACCAUUGUUACUUCCGGAGCUGGCCUUUUCAGGGUGGAAAGUCAAAUGCAGGUGAAUGUUACUGCUGAUGCUCGGAUCAUUUACGAGGCUGAGGUCGCGGCUUUUCUACAAACUCUAUCUAAAAUCAUCAAGGAUCCUAAGGACCUCACCUUAUAACGUAGAUUAUAUCCCAUCUAGAAUCUUGUGUUUUAAUUACUGUAGUUGAAAACACAUAAUUAUAUUGCUGUCUAAGUUGGGCCUUCCAUUA